AUGGACCGAGACUUGACGCUAGAAACACAUCUUCUAAGCCGAAGUUACACAUCGAACGCCCGCAUUCAGGAACUUUUUGGCGAAAGAUAUUCCGUACAAGGAGCUCAGAGACCGUAUCUCAGCUUAGUCCCGACAGAGGGAAUAGAAGCACCAAAAGAGAAACAGGACGUGACCGACAUUUCCAAGAAUGCUGAACUAAAGCCGACAAAGGCCCGCAAGACCAACACCCGCAAGGAAAUGAAAGUGUACAUCAAGAAGACGUUGGCGAAGCAAGAAGCGAUCGUGAAGAAAAUGAAAAGCUACAUGAAAAAACAUCCGGGCAAGCAUUUCGAUCCAGAGCCCAUGCUUUGCCAAUACAACAUCCCCCGCUAUAAAGUCUACCAGCAGCUAAACCAGCUAUGGCAGUCGUACAUGCGAGAUCUUCUUGUGGGAGACCAGAGAAACCCGAACUUGAACAUGAUUUUGCCGAAAUUGGCCACGGCAGACUACAACGGAUGUGAGUUGGAGGUAAUUCAUUCGAGAAACAGAAACUUGAUUGGUCUCAAGGGCAUUGUUUUGUACGAUGCUCAGCAUUCUUUCAUCGUGGUGGUUCCUCAAAAGAGAGAAUCCGAAACGGAACUUUCGGCGGCUCAGAUCGUUGGUGGUAUACGCAUUUUGCCCAAGCGGGCAACUUUGUUUGGAUUUUCUGUCGAUACAGGUGAAGAAAUCAGGCAUUUCACCAUUAUGGGAACUCGCUUUGAGUUACGGGCUGUUGACCGUUCGGCGAAAAAAUUCAAAAGCCACAGCGUGGAGGAUAUUUACUGA